GGCGCGGGUUUGUUACUGCAGCGCACAGCGCGCUCUCCACAACAACAUGCGCCAUCUUUAUCUGACAGUAAACUACUGAGGCAGUUGUGAAGGGAAAGUAGGUCAGGCGCUACAGGACGAAAACGAGCCAUUUAACCCACAUUUACAGGCGUUUUUGUUGAAUUGACCCCCUCCGGAGCACACGGGACACGUGAAUGGCCCAAUGAGUGUGGUCCGUGCGCCAGAUUUUACGCACGUUUCGUAUGGACCUGGUUGAAGCCGAGUGAUCGUGUUAUCAUCACAAAUCGCUGACGAAGAUAUUAAAACAGAAUGAAGCGUGGUCUGGAGCCGAGCGAACAGCAGGACGGAGGAGGAAACAGCGGCGCAGUGAAGAAGAAAAGCCUGAAAAAGUCUCAAAAACUGAGGAAGGACAAACAUUUGGAGGAGGAGGGAGGUGUGCACUGGGAGCGUCUGCCGCAGGAGAUCUUACUGCACAUCUUUCAGUAUUUACCUCUGCUGGACCGGGCCUAUGCCUCUCAGGUGUGUCGCGGGUGGAACCAGGCCUUCCACAUGCCGGAGCUGUGGCGCUGCUUCGAGUUUGAAUUGAACCAACCGGCGAGCUCGUACCUGAAGGCCACACACCCCGACCUCAUCAAACAGAUCAUCAAACGCCACUCCAACCACCUGCAGUACGUCAGCUUCAAGGUGGACAGCAGUCGUGAGUCGGCGGAGGCGGCCUGUGAUAUUCUGUCUCAACUCGUGAACUGUUCUUUGAAAACUCUGGGGCUCAUCUCCACGGCUCGACCGAGCUUCAUGGAGCUGCCCAAGUCCCACUUCAUCUCGGCUCUGACUGUGGUUUUCGUCAACUCCAAGUCUCUUUCGUCUCUGAAGAUCGAUGACACGCCGGUGGACGAUCCCUCGCUCAAAGUCCUGGUGGCGAACAACAGCGACACGCUCAAACUGCUGAAGAUGAGCAGCUGUCCUCACGUGUCCCCCGCAGGCAUCUUGUGUGUGGCCGACCAGUGCCACGGACUCAGAGAGUUGGCUCUAAACUACCACCUGCUGAGUGACGAGCUGCUCAUCGCUCUCUCCUCUGAGAAACACGUCCAUCUGGAGCAUCUCCGCAUCGACGUCGUGAGCGAAAACCCCGGACAACAGUUUCACACCAUCAAGAAGAGCAGCUGGGACGCCAUGGUGCGCCACUCCCCCAAAUUCAACCUGGUCAUGUACUUUUUCCUGUACGAAGACGAGUUUGGGCCGUUCUUUCGCGACGAGAUCCCGGUGACGCACCUGUACUUCGGCCGCUCUGUCAGUAAAGACGUUCUGGGCAGGGUGGGGCUCACGUGUCCCCGUUUGGUGGAGCUGGUGGUGUGUGCGAACGGCCUGAGACCCCUGGACGAGGAGCUGAUCCGCAUCGCUCAGCGCUGCACCCAGCUGUCUGCGAUCGGACUGGGGGAGUGUGAAGUGUCCUGCAGUGCGUUUGUUGAGUUUGUGAAGAUGUGCGGAGACAGACUGACGCAGCUGUCCAUCAUGGAGGAGGUGCUGGUGCCUGAUCAUCGCUACGGCCUCGAUGAUAUUCACUGGGAGGUUUCCAAGCAUUUGGGACGGGUUUGGUUCCCUGACAUGAUGCCCACGUGGUGAAGCUACAGCUCAGGGCCACGUUCUUCAUGCCCUGGCUCUAAAAUAUAAGCUAAAAUUGAUUUGUAUUUAUCUUUUAUCUGACCUUUCUCAUAUUUAAGUCAAGCCAUUAGAGCAGGGCAUUUUUCCUCACGAUUCAAAGAAAAGAAACAACAAAAUAACUGACAGCGUGCGUAACUUUAGGCUGCGUUAGGGGCUUUUAUAAUAACAUUUGUACGUCUUUCUGGCUGCAGACUUCACCUCGUCUCUUUCAUUAUUUAACAGUUUCAGCGUCUCCAGAUUCUCCAUCGUCUGCGUUUAAGUCACUACAGCCUUUAAUAACUGUCGUAAUUAGUCAGUUUGUCUCUCGCACGAUUAGUCCUGAUUUCAUAUUCUCAUGUCUCAGUGUAAAACUAUCGAUCUGACAAAAAAAAACAAAAAAAAAACACAGAACACAACAUGUCACAAACUUUUCUUUAAGACUAGUUUGGAUAAAAUGACAUUUGACAAACUUAAUUUUUCCUUCACACGGCAGGUGAAGCUUUUCUCUUGUGCAUAUUCCUGGUUUAUCGCGGGGGUUUUGUUCUAAAAUUAAUCAGGACGCAGAACACAAUGGUCUACAGUCCAACAGCCAAUCAGGAUGCACGACACAAUGGUCUACAGUCCAACAGCCAAUCAGGACGCACGACACAAUGGUCUACAGUCCAACAGCCAAUCAGGACGCACAACACAAUGGUCUACAGUCCAACAGCCAAUCAGGACGCAGAACACAAUGGUCUACAAUCCAACAGCCAAUCAGGACGCACGACACAAUAUGAGGGACCACUGUAUUAUUACUCUACACUAUUUUUUUCAUUCAAAGCUGGAGUUUCUCAGUUUUUAUGUGCCGAUUGUACAGUUUGUUGUCUCAGAGCCAGGGCAUGGACACGUUUAAACCUGUGUGUGUAAAAGUACAAACUCAUCAUCUCUGGUUUGUAUAAAGUUCUGUCUGAGCGUAGUUUUAGUGUUGAUUUCUGCUUUAACACAGUGCUUUGUGUAAAUAUUUAUAUGAAUCUAACUGUAUUUGUCACUUCUCAGAGCUUGGCACUUUUUGAAGCUCUUCUCUUAGAAAAGUCUUUGUUUUCGUGUUUUAACAGGUUGUAAACUCUGUCGUAGUUUUCUUCAUAUCAUCUGCAGGGAUUUAUCAACCUAAUGAACCUAACCCCAAACCCACAGCCCUCCGUCACAGAUUCAAAGAUUCUUUCUGUUUGCACAAAGUCCACGUCCUCAGUGUCUCUCUGGGGCCUGAUCACCGUCAUAAGCUAAGUGUGUGUUAGGUUUGAAUUUGUAUAAAUCAAAUGUAUAAGUUUUGUCCAGUCUAUUUAUUUGAUUCAACACCUGAGGCUCUGGAGCUCAAUCAUGACCAUUUUACAAUAAGUUUAUAGUAAAUCUGCAUUUUACAUGUUUGAAGUUCAUUUAAAAACAAAACAAAAAAAUUAUUAAAACUUCCAAACUAUUUUUCCAAAUCUUAAAAAAAAAAAAGUCCGUGGGUGAUGACGUCAUGUUUUUGUAGAUGUGAAUCCACAAAAGCAGCAGCGUUAAAAUCACAGGUAAAGGUGGUGGGGGAUUAUUCUGCUUUUGCUGCUCACAUUUCAGAUAUUUGUUUUUACUCUGACACUUUUGUUUAAACAUAUACGAGUUUUAAACACGAGUUCAUCUUUGUUCUUGUAUUUGUGAUUUUGCUUUAAGUGACUUUGACCAUAAUCACUGUAGUGACAUAAUGCAUAUUUACUAUACGAUUUAACACAUAUGUGUGUUUUAUGUACGAUUUAACACACAUAUGUGUGUUUUAUGUAUGAUUUAACACAUAUAUGUGUGUUUUAUGUACGAUUUAACACAUAUAUGUGUGUUUUAUAUACGAUUUAACACAUAUAUGUGUGUUUUAUGUAUGAUAUAACACAUAUAUGUGUGUUUUAUAUAUGAUUCAACACAUAUAUGUGUGUUUUAUGUACGAUUUAACACAUAUAUGUGUGUUUUAUGUACGAUUUAACACAUAUAUGUGUGUUUUAUGUACGAUUUCACACAUAUAUGUGUGUUUUAUGUAUGAUUUCACACAUAUAUUGUGUGUUUUAUAUAUUCUAGCUGCUGUGCUUGGCGUGGCUCAUGUUCUGGUUGUAAACACAGGGGGACCUUGUUUUGGCGAGUUUGUUUGUACUGAUGCACUUUGUUCCAUGUUGAAGGAUUGUUUGAGUAAAGUGUUUAUUUGGGUUUGUCCUUUAUAUUUAAAGUUUAUUCAUAUUAAUAUAACUCCCCAUGAGCUCAAGUCCCAGAAACAGCUCAUAAAAUCAAAGUUUUCUAAAGUGUAUAGAGCAACUUUUUAUAUAGAAAGACCCAAAGACCAAACGUGUCCAGAGUUUGUUUAAUUUACCUUUAAAUAGUAAUAGAUAAAAACGCUCAAAUAUAAAAGUAAAUGGCUGAGUUUGUAAAAGUGACUUUUUUUUUUUUUUACUGUUUUAACUUCUGUUCAUCAUAAAUUCACCAAAGCUUGUAUAUUUAAAAAUGAAGUUGAUUUUUCAAAUAUCUGAUUCACAAAUGUGUCAAAUAUAAUUAAAGUUUAUAAAGUCACAGGAGACGCAGCUGAAUGUGGAGCAGAACGAAUGUUAAAGAAACUUCUGUUAAUUUUCUUUUUUGGACCUAAGUCAUGUUUUAAGGUGGACAUUUGUGGACAUUGGACGUUUGUGGACGUUGGACUUUUGUGGACAUUGAGAGUUUUGUGGACGUUGUUCUAAGUUUGUUCUGUUUGUGAAGGACAGAUCUGCUCUGUGCACUGUAGCAUGUUAGCUAGCUCUGUGCAUUGUAGCAUGUUAGCUAACUCUGUGUCAAAGUGAACACUUUAUUAAAAUAAGAAAACAUCAAAUAAACAACAUAUUAUACAAAUUAUAAUUAAUUAUAAUAAAGACUGCCCGAUUAUUUUGUACGUAGAAUACUUCAGUUUGUGUUGUUUUAAUAUUUAUUAUGCCUCGAAGUUAGCAUUAGCAUUAGCAUUGACACAAACAUUUCCAAACACAAACGUGAAAACUGAAGCGUCUCUGGUGAAGUUUUUAUUUUGUGUUUAAACAUGUGUCAGUGAUGUCCACCUGCAGCUCCAUGUCCACUGUCUGAUUUUUAAACAUUUAUUCAUUUUAUUGUGACUUUAAAAUCCUCCUGGAGACAAACAGGAGGUAAUGACGCUCACAGUGAGGCAGGGGGCGCUGCUGUGCACAGAGCCUGAUGUAAAGUUGUAAAGUAAAAAAGUUUUGAAAUUAAAAUACUGACAAUCACCCGUUUAAUGCAAAUAUUUAAACAAAACACCUUUAUUAACGCCCAUAAUGUCGUAUAUUAAUCCUGAGCGUCUGGACAUUACACGUGUGUGUUUAUGAGCUGUUCAUUUAAUCACAUUUCUACUCUCUGAGGCGGUAAUAAUGAACAUAAUCACAUUUGUAUUAUGUAAUAAUGAACAUAAUCACAUUUGUAUUAUGGUAAUAAUGAACAUAAUCACAUUUGUAUUAUGGUAAUAAUGAACAUAAUCACAUUUGUAUUAUGGUAAUAAUGAACAUAAUCACAUUUGUAUUAUGUAAUAAUGAACAUAAUCACAUUUGUAUUAUGGUAAUAAUGAACAUAAUCACAUUUGUAUUAUGGUAAUAAUGAACAUAAUCACAUUUGUAUUAUGGUAAUAAUGAACAUAAUCACAUUUGUAUUAUGGUAAUAAUGAACAUAAUCACAUUUGUAUUAUGGUAAUAAUGAACAUAAUCACAUUUGUAUUAUGGUAAUAAUGAACAGGCAAAGUGCAGGAAAGUGCUGUCAUUAAAUGUAUAAACUCAGUUAUGUUCAGUCAAAUCAGAUUUUUCCAGUGUCAGAUCAGCCUGAUGUUUAACGGCUCAAAUAAAAUCAUAAAAACACCUGCU